CGGCUCCUAGGAUGGCAGACAAGCUCCCCACAGAGUUCGAUGUGGUUAUAAUAGGCACAGGCUUGCCUGAGUCCAUCCUGGCAGCUGCUUGUUCAAGAAGUGGACAGAGAGUUCUGCAUGUUGACUCAAGGAGUUACUAUGGAGGGAACUGGGCGAGUUUCAGCUUUACAGGUUUGCUGUCCUGGCUGAAGGACUGUCAACAGACCUGUGACAGCGAGGAAGGCGUGACUGCCGUGUGGCAAGACCUGAUCCAUGAAACAGAAGAAGCCAUCGCUCUUUGCAAGAAGGAUGAAACUAUUCAGCACGCAGAAGUCUUCUGUUAUGCUAGUCAAGAUGUGGAGGACAGCAUGCAAGACACCGAUGCUCUGCAGAAAAGCUCCUCCCCAGAGGCACCGGCUACUCCAGCUGACUCUCUGGAUUCUGCAAGCUUGCCCAAAGAAAGGCACUCAGCAAGCUAUGAAGCGCCUUCUAGACAUACAGAAGGGAGUGAUAGAGAGCUUUCAACACCCUCAGCUGAUGUGGAGGACACCCUGGAGAAAGAAAAGUACUGUGGAGAUAAAAUGGAAACGCACACAGUUUCAGAUGGAGAUAAAAGUGAACACAAACUUGUAGAAGACAGCAUUGAACAACCAAAGAGAAAUAGGAUUACUUACUCUCAAAUGGUUAAGGAGAGCAGGAGAUUUAAUAUUGACUUGGUGUCAAAGCUGCUGUAUUCUCAAGGAUCACUGAUUGAUCUUCUAAUCAAAUCAAAUGUUAGUCGUUAUGCAGAAUUUAAGAAUGUCACUAGGAUCCUUGCAUUUCGGGAAGGGAAAAUAGAACAGGUACCUUGCUCCAGAGCAGAUGUCUUUAAUAGUAAAGAGCUCACUAUGGUUGAAAAGAGAAUGCUAAUGAAGUUUCUCACAUUCUGUUUAGACUAUGAACAACAUUCUGAUGAAUACCAAGAUUUCACACAAUGCUCAUUUUCUGACUACUUAAAAACUAAAAAACUAACACCCAACCUGCAACAUUUCAUACUGUACUCAAUUGCAAUGACAUCAGAAUCAUCCUGCACAACAUUAGAUGGCCUUCAAGCGACAAAAAACUUCCUUCAGUGUCUUGGACGGUUUGGCAACACUCCCUUUAUAUUUCCUUUAUAUGGCCAAGGAGAAAUUCCCCAGUGUUUCUGCAGGAUGUGUGCAGUUUUUGGUGGAGUCUAUUGUCUUCGCCAUAAGGUACAAUGCCUUGUAGUUGACAAAGUCUCUGGAAGGUGUACAGGAAUCAUAGACGCCUUUGGUCAGAGAAUAAGUGCCAACUAUGUCAUUGUGGAAGACAGUUACCUUUCUAAGGAAACCUGUUCAAACGUGCAAUAUAAGCAGAUCUCGAGGGCAGUGCUCAUCACAGAUCAGUCCAUCCUGAAGACAGAUUCUGACCAGCAGAUUUCCAUUUUGGUAGUGCCUCCUCUGGAGCCAGGAACUGCUUCUGUUCGGGUCAUGGAAUUAUGUUCAUCAACCAUGACAUGCAUGAAGGACAGCUAUCUGGUCCACCUGACCUGUUUCUCUUCAAAAACAGCCAGAGAAGACUUGGAACCUGUGGUGAAGCAGUUAUUCAUUCCUUUUGCAGAAGCAGAAGCAGACAAAGACGAACUCAGAAAACCAAGACUCUUGUGGGCUCUUUAUUUUAAUAUGAGAGAUUCCUCAGGAGUGAGCCGAAGCUCAUACUGUGGUUUACCUUCCAAUGUGUACAUCUGCUCUGGGCCUGACUGGGGACUGGGGAACGAGCAUGCGGUCAAGCAGGCAGAAACACUGUUCCAGGAAAUCUUUCCCAGUGAAGAGUUCUGCCCUCCUCCACCAAACCCUGAAGACAUUAUCUUUGAAGCAGAGGGUUAGCAAGCAGGCACUCCUGGAAUUAGUAAUACACUCACCACUAAGCUAGAUACCCCAAGGACAGCAAGAACUUUAAAAAACCUACAACACCUUCAAAAACAAAACACUGGAAAUGCUCACCCCUGGCCUCAGAACAUUGCCAUGUGAAAGCAUGAGCAGCAGUAACUGUGUAAGAAGCACUGUUUACGUGUCUUCAGCAGUGGGAUACUGGGUGCCGCUAACCUUUCAGCCACUGAUUUGUAGGUGACUUCGCUCUUUUGUUUCAGAUUUGGCUCCAGGAACUCAGAAUCUUUGAACGCUGUUCACUUUCAUUUUACUUCUGGGUCUCUCAUUAGCACCUUUGCUUACCUUAAGGUAAUAUCACACUUGCUCCUGGGUUAAGGUUUUACUUUUUUACACAAAAUUAAUGCCCAAGGACUAUUUUAACUACUGCUGCAGCUACCAUUGCUGUUAACCACCUCAGAUACCUGGGGGAACACAGAAAUCAUAAUCUGGGGGAGAUUUUUGUAUUUCAUGUGAACACAUAGAGGUGGUAGUAGGAGUAGCAGCUGAUUCAAAUGCCAUGUGAUAAGACACAACUGUUGGAAGCCGUGCAUGCUGCUGUGUCUUGGGGUUAACACAUGUGAGGUCACCUGCUGACCAUUCGGACUCAGGAGGUGGUGAGACUACCCUAGCCUUCUACUUUAUAAGAAGAGAUACUUUUCAGUAGUCUAAGAAACUCAUAUUUAAGAGAUACAUCACAAUCUGGGCAUGUGUAAUUCUGUCAUUCAGGAGGCUGAGACAGGAGGAUUGCUGUAACCCAGGCCAGUCUGAGUACAGUGUUGAGAAUAUUUCAAAACAGAACAAUUCUCCUCCCACCAAAAAAAAAAAAAAAAAAAAAAAAAAAAAAGAAGUACAUUAUAAAAAAAAAACCAAAGGAACAAGAUUUAUUCAGAAAACAAUUUAUAGAGUUGACAAUAACAUCACUCCCAACGCAGACGAACAUAAAUUAAUAAAUUACCCCAGAUAAAGAUACUUCAGGAUAGAUGUUAAGAAAUUAUCAGAAAGGAAUUCCUGAGGAGGAACAGUGGUGCAUCUUAAUGUGGGAUUAUAGAUAGCUUUAAAUUUUAGAUAGAUUUCCCCAUCCAGGCUUCUCAGGGUGAAGCAUGCCACCUGGUUGGCUGGACUUUCAUAAGCAUUGGUAACGGACAGAAGGUAUGACUACUACAUGUCUGUUACCUGGAGAUGGGAAGUUUUCCCUUUGGAGCUACCUGCUGUACCCCAGCAGUGAAAACCCUCUGUACUGUGGGAAGGUCACAGCGUGAUAAUAGGCUACAGUGUGUUUUGAGUAUACUCUUAUUCUUCUUUAGUGAGGAAAGCAAGACAAGAUGUUCACAUGAAUGACAGCAUGUUGCGAGCAGACAGUCAUUGAUUGGUUUUAAUGUUUGCUUUUUUAAUACAGUAAAGUGAAAAUAUUGGGUAGAUCUGAAGGUUUAAAUCUUACCUAACAACUGAAAUACCUGAAAUGACCUAAAAAUAGCAACUAAGAAAAUAACAAUUCUAAGAUCCGUAAAAUGGAUCAGUAAAAAGUGAGCGUAAUUCAAACCCACUGUAUAAAGUUUGUCAGAACCACAGUCUAUCCCAGAGACAUUUAAAAGAGGUGUAGCUGUAAAAGAUAAACAGACAUUUCAAAAGACAGAACUGAAUGUAAUGGAACUAAAGAUUAGACUAGGCCAAAGUACUGUUUGUUUGUUUGUUUGUUUGUUUUAAACUAAGGAGGUGAAUAUAUUACUUUGAAUCAUCACAAAAAAGUAAAUUGGAAGUAAGACAAACCAGUAAAAAGUAUUAAACCAAUUUAAACUAUUAGGGGUAUUAUCUAAUUUUCUAACAAGUUAGAAUGGGCUUAUUGUAGUUUUAAGAUGUUUGUAAGAAAUGAAGUCAUAAAUGUUGCUUUUCAUCAAUUAUAUUUUGACUCAAUGAGGGCUCUCUUCUAAAAAUCAAACAAAGCCUCUCAUUCCAGGUAGGUGGGAGCCGCAGAAUACAGUGUUGGCAAAGAGCUACCAACAAACAGAAACAAUUAUUUACAGUGACUUGGGCUUAGAGGGCUGUGUCCCACAGAGUAGCCGUGCAUCAGCAGGGGCAGGGCAGAGCCCUUAGUAUACAUUUGCUUUAAUUAGGUUUGCAAGUAAGUUUGUAGGCUUUUCAUAAUAUGACAAGCAAUUACUUAAAGCUUAAAUUUAUAUUGGGAAAGCAUGUAUGAACCAUUUCUGAAGCAGAAAUGAAAGGCCUUGUUACUAUUUUUAUCUGUAGAUGGCUGAAAAAAUUGUCACUGGAAUAAAAAUACAAAGUAAAAAUGCAGAAAGAUACCAGUGCAAAUACAAAUAUAUUCUAUUUCCAUGGCUUUAUAAUUUACAAAACCUAUAACAUAUAAAUAGACUACAAACAGAAGAUACAGAAGAUAAUUUCACAAGUUGCAAGAUACAUAGUUUCUUGAAAUCUCUAUAUUCCAACAGUGAUGGAAUUUUAGAAAGCAUAUAUGUAUAUAUCUUAAAAAUGUUAUGUAUACAUAUAUAUCUUUAAAAUGUUAUGUAGCUAUAUUAGAAUAUAACUACAUACAUUAAAUUAGAAUAAGAGCUAUACUAAAAUGGAAGGUUUAAUGAAGGAGAUAAAUUUAAAAUCUGAGUAUGCUCCCAUGAGAACUAUCUUGGCAUGAAGAAAAUGCUAUAAACUCAGGGAGACCUCAUCUCAUUCACUACUGGUUGUCUGAUCUCAAGGCAAUCACGUUUAGCUUCCAUUCCCCAUCUAUAAAGUACAUAUAAUACUUAACAGAACUAUUGUGAAGAUCAAGUUGGAUAAUGUAUAAAAACUCAUUUCUAAAGUAGUUCCAGCAUCUGACAUUUGUAUGUAAAUGGUUUUUAUUAUAUCAUUUGUGGGCAAGCUUAUGCUUUAUGCAGGAAAGUCAGCAGGGAAAGCCACCUUCAAUUUUAGAGGGGAAAAUAUGGUCCUUUGCCCUUCGAGUCCUUAAGGUAUGAUAAUUGUGCUACCUAUCUAAGUGGUCUAGUGCUGAGUUCAAGACAGUUAAGAGUAGUCAGCUAUCUGGAAGGAAGGAUUUAGAAGCUGCUCAUAGGAAGACUGCAUCAGUAUAGAGAUAGGUACUAGGUCCACGUCUCAUCAAGUAAUGCAGUUUAUAUGUAAAUGAAACUGUUAAGCAUAAAAGUAGUAAGACUAAGAUUUUUACCCCAGUCAUGGUGCCAAGGAAUGUUCUAUCAGUGAACAUGGACAAGGUACAUCAACUAAAAUUAAAAAGCAACUGAAAAAAAAAAAAAGCAAAACAAGGAGAGAAGGUGAAAUAAAAAAGCUGUCACUAUUUCAUGGGUCCUUUAUUAAAUUUUUAUUUAGGUUUAGUAUAGUUUAGUCUUUCGAGACAGGGUUUCUCUGUGUAACCCUGACUGUCCUGGGGCUCUGUAGACCAGGCUGGCCGCAAGCUAGGAGAGCUGCCUGCCUCUGCCUCUCAAGUGCUGGGAUUAAAGGUGCACACUUGGCUUGUAUUUAAUAUUAUUUUUAAGUGGGUGCAAAUUCUUUAGACUUCUACUCUUCUUGUGCAUAGUAUAAGUGAUAGGUUGCAAAUGAGAAAAAAAAGAAGUAAAAAUAAUUUCUUUGAUCCUCAAAUUAAUGUGUAUUAAAAUAAAGAUUCAAGCAAUAUUGACUGAGUCCCUACUAUUUUUAAAUCUGCAUGAGUCUUCAUAUAGUAGCAUCAUGUAUUUGUGGUCAUUUUGAAGAACUACUUAGGAGAUUAACUAGACUUCUAUAACAGUAUUUUUGACAUCACUUUGAGUAGCGCAUGCCCAGGAAAAUACUCAGAAUGAACAAAUCAAUAAAUAGAGCUACUUUUAAGCAGAUAUUCUAGAAGUUCCAUUUAUACAACUUUUUAAAAAGCCAGCUGACUAAGAAAUGGAUAAAUUUUGCUGUAUUGCUAGUGCUAUUGUAAGCUUACAGAGAGUUAAAUGGCAUAUGUAAGAUGGUAUGUAAACAUGUCCAAGAAAAAAGAAAAAAAAAACAUGUCCGAGGAUCAAAAACGUUAGUUCACACCAGAAAUUAUUGCGUGAUGGUUAUAAUUGUGUAAAAAUUUAGACCUCUACACUGGAAGGAAUCAGAAGGCAUGUAACUGCAGGUUAAUAUAUGAUCUUUUUGUUUCUGUAAGAUAUUAAUGUGUAGAACUAAAAUAAAAGAUUAAUUGGUGAAA